AUGUACGCCGAUGGGCCGGCGCAGGAGCGGAAGAAACUCAAGGAGGCGGAGCGGCUGAAGCACAAGGCAGCUCGGUCUCAGGAGAAGAACCUACACGCAUCUUUUUUGGCAAAUGAAACUGUACGUGCGGCGAGGGAAAUAAGUUCGUCGCCGCAUUUCUCUCCACUUCUAAAUCAGCCCGAUGUUUUUGCGGUCUUGACGGAUACGAGCGUGUCUGUGUCUGGCGGCGACGUGCAGCUGCCUGAUCUUACCGAGGAUUCUCUUAACGUACGUGGCAUGGUGCCCGUCCGUUCCAUCUCACCCUUCAUCGAGUGUGAGGUGUCAACAACGCCCCUCAUCGAAGUGAAGGUGUGCGGCACUACAGUGGAUAAUGGCGCAGCCGCGGCAGUGUCUGCAGCUGCAGCACAAGUAAGUGGCGGUCAAACUUCUUCGAGCUCCUCAUUAAUACUAUCGACAAAUUCUGUGGAGACUCUGGGAUUGCUGCUAGAGUGUGUGAGUGCCGUGGAUAACAAUGCAGACAGCUCAAUUAUCUUAGAGAGCGAAGAUAGGUUUGAUACCGAGUUACAACUUCCUGAGAAUGAAAGUUUUUCGAUUAGCAUGACUUCCGUCACAUCGGAGGAUCCACAGCUGCCGGAGCAGUGCCUCGAAGAGUUCAACACCGACUCGGACUUCGCCGUAGAGGAACGCACUCCACACAGCAGUGUUGGGGUGCCGCCAAUUCUUGGUAUCCCUCUCAGGGUCAAUGACUGCUCACUUCCGCAAGCUGUGAAGGAGACUGGUAAAAGCGCUCCGCCCCGGCCUCACGUUGAAGGGGAAAACGACGAGAAUAAACCUCGGCCGCAGAGCCGGGUUCUGCCUACUGUUCCUUUUCCUGUUACUACUACUUGCACUACUAGUACUGCCGCAGCUGUAGCUGCUGCUUCGAUUCCCGAGGCCACGGCUCUCGCUAAACCGUCCGCUAUGCUGGCGGCUCCAGCACCGGUAGCAGAGAAGAGCCGUACCGCACUCCGCUGCUAUGACCGCUACGUGGAGCAGGGGCAGGCGAAGAGGCUUCAGCGAGAGGAGGCGGAACAGCAGAUGCUUCGCAGGGAGGUGGAGGACACGCACUACACGCCGCAGUUGUCACGCUACGCGGAGCGAGCCGGCUCCCGCUCCAUUUCAAAGUACAUCGAGGACUCGAUGGAGUGGGAGCGGCGGCGGCGGGAGCGCGUGAAGUACGCCGCCGCGCGUCUCGAGGCGGAGGAGCGGAGGGAGCUGCAGGCGGUGGUGGCUGUCAACGCCGCCUCACGGCGCAUCGUGCGGGCGAUGGAGGCCCAGCAGAGGCGUAUCGGCGUGGUGGAGGACGCGGCCGCACGCUCGGCGCGGCGGCGGCAGCUACAGCAGAAGUAUGAGCUGCCAUUCAAACCGACCAUCACACACCCGGCGGUACCGCAGAAGAAUUCGGAGGGGGCAACGCCUCAAGCGAAGGGGAAGCCAUCUGCACGCGGCCUCUAUGAUCGCCUUAUGCGUUACCGCGAGGCGGGUGAGAAGAAGCUGGAGACACUCCGCCAGCAGGAGGCGCAGCAGCAGGUGCCGCAUCCGAUACCGAAGCGCACGUCGGCCGAGAUCAACGUCCACGUCAGCGCCAUGUGGGAGCGCGAAGAGCAGCGGCGCUUGCGGCUGCAGCGGCAGGCGGGGCAGAAACGCCGGGAGGAGGAGGAGGAGAAGGCGCGGACAAUGCAGCCGCGCAUUGACGCGCGAUCGGCGAAGCUUGCAGAGCGUUCCCGCCGGCGGAAACGUAUCGAAGCCGCGUCCCAUAGCCCUUCUUCUUCAUUCCCACUGCCGCAAGGACGAGAAGAGCAGCCGCAGCGCCAAGACGGUGAGGAAGAAGCGGUGGCGGCGCAUGGUGGGGAGAGCAGUCCUCACCCAAAGCCUCACACCGUGCCAACAAGCCGCAAGUUGGCGUUCUCUUCUUCCAAUUCUCGCAACGACAGUCGCAUGCGUGUGUCGUGCGGCCCGCGGCCCCCCACCGUUCCUGUCGUCUCGCCGGACUUCGAGGAGCGCAGCGCGCGGCUGCUGCAGAAGCGGCUGCAACGCGCCGAGUCGCUACGCCACGAGGUGGAGGAGGAGCUUGCGCGUGCCUGUACGUUCAAACCCCACACAAACCCCGCGUCGCGACGCAUGGCGGAAGCGCAUUACCGCAAGUGCGCAGCAAGCACCGGUGGGGCGGAGCCGUUGCGCCGGAAUCCGCAGACGCCGCCGUUUGACGCCCCUCACGCUACCAGCAGCGUUGAGGAUGACUUGAAAUGGGCAGACCACGUGCGGGGCACGAAGCGGACGGUGCGGCAGGCAGAGAGCUUCUCACACGUGUCUAGUGCUGAGCAGCAAGUGGACGACGCCGACAACAUGGCGGCGCAGAUUGAGAGCCUCGAGGCCGUGCUGGCGCAGUGGAAGCAGCUGGAGGCGGAGUAUCGUGUUUGA